CCCGAGUCUAGACGAGACGAGAGUGGCGACAGCAGCUGGACGAGCAAACGCACCUGAAGGGAGGGGGCAGAGAGCUUGAGUUUCUCCGUUCUCCAGAUUUACCAGUAGAGAAGGGUUAAUAGACACCCUUCCCCCCUUGAGAGGAAGGGUGAGGCUGAAGGAGGCUCAAUUCUCUUCCUAGCUAGCCUCUGACCUUGGUAUGGAUAAUGGUAGAGUGGUGGAAGGUCAAGUAGGCUUAAAACAGAAAGAUGCGGAGACCAAAUUCCAUGGACGCAUUUUUCCAGAGGGUGCUGAAGAGAAAAGAAGUGUGAUCAACUCCUUGGUGUCUGGGGCAUUGGCUGGCGCUGUGGCCAAAACAGCUGUGGCACCAUUGGACAGAACAAAAAUCAUAUUCCAAGUGUCGUCAAAUCGGUUUUCUGCUAAGGAAGCUUACCGGCUGAUCUACCGUACCUACCUCAGCGAAGGCUUCUUCAGCCUAUGGCGAGGGAACUCGGCCACCAUGGUCCGGGUGAUCCCCUACGCGGCCAUCCAGUUCUGCGCACAUGAGGAGUAUAAGCAGCUUUUGGGCAGCUACUAUGGCUACCAGGGAAAGGCACUCACCCCUCUGCCCAGAUUCAUCGCAGGAUCUCUCGCGGGGAUCACAGCUGCCAUGUUGACAUACCCCCUGGACCUGGUCCGUGCCCGUAUGGCAGUCACACCGAAGGAGAUGUAUAGCAACAUAAUUCACGUAUUUAUCCGGAUAUCUCACGAGGAAGGGUUGAAGACCCUGUAUAGGGGCUUCUCACCCACCAUCUUGGGGGUGAUCCCUUACGCUGGAUUGAGCUUCUUCACUUAUGAGACGCUGAAGAAGCUGCAUGCAGAUCACAGUGGGAGGAGAGAACCCUAUCCGGUGGAAAGGCUUGUUUUUGGGGCUUGCGCAGGCCUGAUUGGGCAGUCAGCCUCCUACCCUCUGGACGUGGUCCGUCGGCGGAUGCAGACAGCAGGGGCUCUGGGGUUCUCGUACAGGUCUAUCAUCCUCACCAUGAGGGACAUCGUCCGGGAAGAGGGACUUGUCCGAGGCUUGUACAAAGGGCUCAGCAUGAACUGGGUCAAGGGUCCCAUUGCGGUGGGCAUCAGCUUCACCACCUUCGAUCUCAUGCAGAUUCUCCUCCGUAAAUGGGAGCGCAGCGUGAACGUGGAGAGGUAACGCCACACCUUGGCCCAGGGUGCUUGUGGAGAGGGAGUGGCCGCCACGGUUGUGGUGCGAGUGCCGACUAACGAGGGUGGGCAUCCUCCUUUUUUAAUCAGUCCCCUUCCCUGAUCCCAGGUGAGGUUCUCCUGGUAGAUCUGAGUGACCUCGGAGAGCUCAGUUUCAGGCACACAGAGGCCUCUCACUGCGGCCAUCUCCUCUCCGUUUCCCAGAUGAUGAAUGUGCAAAGAAAUAACAGUAGAAAUCAGUGCAGGAUUUUCACUGUUUUUAUGAUGUGAUCUAAACACCCUCAAAUCCUCUGAAUUGGAGAGUAAAAGGGACUCUUUCCCUGCUGGUCCCGUAUCAGGAGGCAGUAGAUGAUGUGGCUUCAUGUGCGUCAACCUUUUUUCAACUCCCCCCACUUUUAUUUUAUUUUUUAAUUUUUGUCCAUCAACUCUCCUUGUGUACAAUUACCUCUUGGAAGAGCAAUGCCAGAUUGGGGUGGGGAUCUUUUUCCAUAGAGCUGACUUAAAAGAGAAGGACGCUUCCUCUGGCAUUUUUGUUGCUGGAAACCAGGAGGUUCCUGGCUGGGAAACUCUACCUUAAAUCAACAGUGUUUGCAUUGUUGCUUUCCAGAGCAGCAUUUAAAUAAAGGAUUUUGUGUUUUGUUUCGUUUUUAAAAACCACCACUACAGGAUUUUUGCUUUCCGUUGGAGAUGGUACGCUCUGGGGAAAACAUUACCAGCACACAGUGUUAACUGGAAACUCUUGCCAUCUUGAAACGCUAUUUGGUUCAUUUCUUCAGUAUUAUCCAUAGUAUUAUCCGCAGUGGGGAAAGGAAGAGAGUGGAUCUCUUAAGUACCUAGUUGAAUGACAGGAACUUCAAGGGCUGAUGAGCUACUGAGGAUCUCCUCUCCCUAUUUAGUAUGAACCUGCUGGGUUCUCAGAGUAGAUGAAGAACCCUGUCAUUCUGCACCCUCAAAGCCUGUGUAGUGCGUUUUUAAGAUCUUGCUUGCGUGAAGUUGGAGAAAACACACCUGUCGGCAAAACCAGCAGCCUCAUGGCGUAGCCUCUCCUCCCUGAAUAAUAUCAUUUCGCUACCAAUUUCCCUGCCUUGUUUCAUUUGCUGCUGCUUGUCAGGGUGGGGAAUAUCAUAGUGCCCCGCUGGGCAAACUUCAUGUGGUAGCUAUGUAUUUGCUGUGUUUAGGUCAAGUCUCUUUGGAUAGCUUUUUAUUGAAUUGGUUCUGCUAUUUUUUCGUGCCUGUUUUCUGCUUCACAACUUUAAUGCCACUUCUGUCUUGGGGGAAUUGCAACGGAUUACCCAGAUGUGAUUCUCAAAUUCUUACCUUCCUCCUAAAGGAAGAAAGAAGGAAUGGUAUAUGUUAAAGCAAAAAAAAAAGGGGGGGGGUCUGUGGUAGGGCUAAAAGACACGCUAUUGUGAACUGACAAGGACCCUUUCCCACGUUUUGUACAACAGGCUAGAAACUGGACUUCUGACAUUUUGUGGAACACAAAAUAUUUUGUGGUUAUCUACAUGCACUACACCCCUCCACACACAGCGUCCCAAUUGUUCUUCAUACAAUCCUAGAAAUUCUACAACCUCAGUUGUUGGAUUCUUUGCAGCAUUGCUAGUUGAAUUGGUUUCUGCAAGGGGGUUCAGAAGCGAACUGAAGCUUUGUCGUCUUAAAGAGUUUUCUGCAUUUGAGAUGCUGUAAGCACCCCACCCCCAGAAACUGUAAUUUUAAGAUGCAGAAUCCAGAAUGUGGUGUGUAGGUGUUAUGUACACAGGACAAGUUGACUGUGAAGGGAGAUACAUGGUUGGCCUAGUGGAAAUUCAAGGCUUAUCUGCCAACGUAAGUCAAAUCACAAAUCAGUAAAUGUGAAAGAUGUCUCAAAUUGAGAUUUAAUAUAACUCAGCUCUUGGAAGAAUGCUUUUCUCCUAAUUUUAGACAUUUUUAGAUUACCCCUCCCUUCUGCUGCUGAAGCUUGGUUGCCGAUCUAGCUUGGUUUUUUUUUUUAAAAAAACCAAACCGCUUCAUAUACUUAACAUUGGGUCUGCUUUCCAACACUCAUGUGCUAUUCUUACAUAGGGCCUUCUGGCAUCCUCCAGAGACACUCGCCCACCAUCCCCUGGCCAUUGUAAAUCAAAUUGAAUUCAUUGGGGGAGCGUUGGACAUCACAUUGGGGGAGCCUGCUGUAAUAGGGAUUAGACACCUAUCUGGGGGGAGCCAGUGUGUGCUCCUGUCCCCAACGUAACUCAGCUGAGGACCUCACCAGGGCAAGUUCUGCAGUGUUUUUUUCUCCCAUCUGCACAUUCCCAGGGUAGAGUCUAGAGCAGUGUUUUUGAAACCUGGCCACUUUAAGAUGCGUGGACUUCAACUCCCAGAAUUCCCCAGCCAGCAGGGCUGGCUGGCGAAUUCUGGGAGUUGAAGUCCACGCAUCUUAAAAUGUCCAGGUUUCAAAAACACUGCUUUAGAGUGAUAGUUCAAGGACAGGUUUUCCUUUCCUACUUGGAACCGUGCCAAUGCUUUCUUUUUCUAAUAAUAAUUUUAAAAGGUGAAUAACAAACAGGCUGCCCUGAACAGCAACUUCCCUGUGGCUGCCAACCUUCCUGUGCCGAACAAGGUCAUUUUUGGCAAGCACUCAACACACUUUCCCCAGGGUAAUAGGUCAUUUAGUUGCCUGGUGCCUCGCUGUAUCUGAGUGUGCCUUUAGGAGGUGCUGCGGGGGCCUCUAAGCACAACAGGGGUGCUCUUGUGGGACAAGCGGAGGUCCUCUUUGACAAGUAAAUCAGUGGAGAAACAGGAUUCCUUUCCUUGCAGGGGUUUCCUACUUUUCUACCUUCCCCACUGAUUGUUUGGGGAAACCACCCUUGAGGUUGUAGAAAAUCCGGUGGUGUGUUCCCAGGUGCUUGAGAGUCCACGCGGGGCUGUUUCUCAUUGUUUUGUGCAAACAGAGUGAGUGAUUGCUAAGCCCCAGUAAGCUUGGGGGAAACCUCAGAGCCGCGUGCCCACGAGCAGCAUCUUGAAGGAAAGUGAACUAGCCACGAAAGUAUUUGGCACCGCUGCACGGCCAAGUAUUGUAAAGGCUGACUUUGGAGAGCUACUCUGGGCUUGGGGACAAAUGCAUCAAGGCAAGGCACAUUUGCGCAGACUGUUGAGCACAACGGCUCUCGGCUGAUAAGAGGUUCUCUGCAUUGUGGCUUUUUAUCUGGCCAACGAUACUGUUUUAUAUAGAUGUUUAUAGUGACAAACUUAUAAAGGUCUGUGCCAAGGGAGAAGGUAUAUUUAAUAAUAAAAUGAAUUAUCCAGU